GUGCGCGGUGUUCUGAGAGAAGGCGGUGGCAGGAUUCGGGCUGCGCAGGGACGGCGGGUUCGGGUCUGGGGUGGACGCCACGGGCGGGAGUGAGGCGUCUAGGAAACAAGUCCCGGCCGGGUCUUCAGGACCGGACAGCAGCCAGCGGAGCCGAGACCGGGGUGCGCGGCCUGGAGGACAGAGGCCGGGGCGCGCCAGAUGAUGGAUCUGGAUGUCCUUCUGUGACGCAAUGCCACGUGGUCCAAAAGCAAGCAUGUAUGGGCUACUGCCAUCGUAGGAGUCCAGGGCCUGGAGACGGCUCUGCUUUGGGGAAUCAGGUGAGGUGUGACCCAGGAACAAGAAGCAUACCCUCACCAAUGACAUCAUGACAGCAAGAGAGCACAGCCCUCGCCAUGGUGCCAGGGCCCGUGUGAUGCAGCGGGCUUCCACCAUUGACGUGGCGGCCGACAUGGUGGGCCUCUCUUUGGCAGGAAAUAUCCAAGAUCCAGAUGAGCCCAUUUUAGAGUUCAGCUUGGCUUGCAGUGAGCUGCACACUCCAUCGCUAGAUCGAAAACCAAAUAGUUUUGUGGCUGUGAGUGUCACCACCCCUCCACAGGCAUUCUGGACGAAGCAUGCACAGACGGAGAUCAUCGAGGGAACCAACAACCCUAUCUUUCUAAGCAGCAUUGCCUUCUUUCAAGACUCCCUUAUCAAUCAGAUGACCCAGAUCAAGCUGUCUGUGUAUGAUGUCAAAGACAGAUCUCAGGGAACAAUGUACUUACUGGGCUCUGGAACAUUUGUGGUCAAAGAUCUGCUCCAAGACAGGCAUCACAGAUUGCAUCUGACACUGAGGUCUGCAGAGAGUGACCGUGUCGGCAACAUAACUGUGAUCGGCUGGCAGAUGGAGGAGAAGUCAGACCAGCAGCCCCCUGUGACCCGGUCUCUGGACACUGUCAAUGGAAGGAUGGUUCUGCCCGUUGAUGAGAGCCUGACCGAGGCCUUGGGAAUCCGAUCCAAAUAUGCUUCUUUGCGAAAAGACAGCUUACUGAAAGCAGUGUUUGGUGGUGCCAUCUGCCGCAUGUACCGCUUCCCAACCACUGAUGGUAACCACCUACGGAUCCUGGAGCAGAUGGCAGAGAGCGUCCUCUCCCUGCAUGUGCCUCGGCAGUUUGUGAAGCUACUGCUGGAAGAAGAUGCAGCCAGAGUAUGUGAGUUGGAAGAGUUGGGGGAGCUGUCCCCUUGCUGGGAGAGCCUCCGGCGCCAGAUUGUCACCCAGUAUCAGACUAUCAUUCUCACCUACCAGGAGAAUCUGACCGACCUCCAUCAGUACAAAGGUCCUUCCUUUAAAGCAAGCAGUUUGAAAGCAGAUAAAAAGUUAGAAUUUGUUCCCACAAACCUGCACAUACAACGGAUGCGAGUUCAAGACGACGGAGGCUCAGAUCAGAACUACGAUGUCGUCACUAUUGGAGCCCCAGCAGCACACUGCCAAGGUUUUAAGUCAGGAGGUCUUCGAAAAAAGCUGCACAAGUUCGAAGAGGCCAAGAAACACAGUUUUGAGGAGUGUUGUACAUCUUCUAGCUGCCAGUCCAUCAUCUACAUACCACAGGACAUCAUCCGAGCCAAGGAGAUCAUUGCCCAGAUCAACACCCUGAAAACCCAGGUUAGCUACUACGCAGAACGGCUCUCAAGGGCUGCGAAGGACAGGUCUGCUACUGGCCUUGAGAGGACUCUCGCCAUCUUGGCAGACAAGACUCGGCAGUUGGUGACUGUCUGUGACUGUAAGCUGCUGGCCAACUCCAUCCAUGGGCUGAAUGCAGCACGGCCCGACUACAUCGCUUCCAAGGCCUCCCCUACCUCGACUGAGGAGGAGCAGGUGAUGCUUCGGAAUGACCAGGACACCCUCAUGGCCAGGUGGGCAGGGAGAAGCAGCCGGUCUUCCCUGCAGGUGGACUGGCAUGAGGAGGAGUGGGAGAAAGUGUGGCUGAAUGUGGACAAGAGCCUGGAGUGCAUCAUUCAGCGGGUGGACAAGCUGCUGCAGAAGGAGCGUCUGCAUGGGGAGGGCUGCGAGGACGUUUUCCCCUGUUCGAGCACCUGUUCCAACAAGAAAGGUAACCGGGACAGCCAAGCCUACUGGAUCCGACCGGAGGACCCCUUGUGUGACGCCCCCUCCUCGACAUGCCCCUCCUCCAUGCCCACUGCCGCAUGCCAUCCUCAUUCAAGCACACAUUGCAGCCCCCCUCCUGAAGAGUCCAGUCCAGGUGAGUGGAGUGAGGCCCUUUACCCUCUGCUGACCACCCUCACGGACUGUGUGGCCAUGAUGAGCGACAAGGCCAAGGCGGCCAUGGUCUUCCUGCUCAUGCAGGACAGUGCCCCCACCAUCGCCUCGUACCUCAGCCUGCAGUAUCGCCGUGAUGUUGUCUUCUGCCAAACCCUGACAGCCCUCAUCUGCGGCUUUAUCAUCAAGCUGAGGAACUGCCUGCACGACGGUGGCUUCCUGCGGCAGCUCUACACCAUCGGCCUUCUGGCCCAGUUUGAGAGCCUGCUGAGCACCUACGGAGAGGAGUUGGCCAUGUUGGAGGACAUGAGCCUUGGAAUCAUGGAUCUGAGGAACGUGACCUUUAAAGUCACUCAGGCCACUUCGAAUGCAUCAAGUGACAUGCUGCCAGUCAUCACAGGAAACCGGGAUGGCUUUAACGUGCGGAUCCCUCUGCCAGGCCCACUGUUUGACUCCCUCCCCCGAGAGAUCCAGAGUGGCAUGCUGCUGCGGGUGCAGCCUGUCCUCUUCAACGUGGGCAUCAAUGAGCAACAGACACUGGCUGAGAGGUUUGGAGAUACAUCCUUACAAGAAGUUAUCAAUGUGGAGAGCUUGGUGCGGUUAAAUUCCUACUUUGAGCAGUUUAAGGAGGUUUUGCCGGAGGACUGUCUACCUCGAUCUCGGAGUCAGACCUGCCUUCCAGAGCUGCUGCGGUUUCUGGGACAGAAUGUCCAUGCACGCAAGAAUAAGAACGUGGACAUCCUCUGGCAAGCUGCUGAGGUCUGUCGCCGCCUUAACGGGGUCCGAUUCACCAGCUGCAAGAGUGCCAAGGACCGCACAGCCAUGUCGGUGACCCUGGAGCAGUGUCUGAUCCUACAGCACGAGCACGGCAUGGCCCCGCAGGUCUUUACACAAGCCCUGGAGUGCAUGCGCAGCAUUGGAACACGGGAGGUAGUCACCCAGAAGAACUUGAGCGGCCUGGUGCCCAUCCGAGACUUAAGGCUAGACCCCAGCCUUCUCUGUUCCAUUCCUUUAUUAGCUCUGAGCCCCAAUCUACUGAUUGUGUGGCUCUUUCUGAGCAUAGCAUACCUGGUGACCAAAUUGCGUUGCAAAUAGAUAUCACUAUGAAAAAUUAGUCACGAGGCAGACAAAAGUGCCCGAAUAUAUCCAGCCACCGUGUACCAAACUGGACAGAAGGAAGGUGUCAAAGCAAGGUCUGCCGAGAAAUAUCUCAUGCCUUACAGUUUGACGUUCUGUUCUUCUGAAUUGUAUAUACCUGCCAAAUUCUUCCAUCAAGAGGACUCGUUCAUUUCAAUUGUGUAGCGUCUUCAGUGCUUGUAACAUGUUCUUCUGGUGCCUGUGACUGCAAUAUUUAGCUGGCCUGGGAUUCCUUGUACCAAAUAUCUUCUGAUGUAUAACUAUUUAUUACCUGUAUAUCUGUGUGCCCUGUUUUAAGAGAAAGGGAUGCUGUCUGAAAAGAAUUUGUAUAUUUGAUACUAUUCCUUAAGUGUAUCGAUAACCUUCCUUGACUUUUAACAAGAAAAAGAUGCUUAUCAACUGGCUUAUCUAAAUGCCCCCACAUAAUAGGAGUGUACUUCCUACUUACCUUUCAAAGCAUAGUCCUGGGGGUGCAAUAGCAAAUAGUUUGCAGAGUAACACGUGUUCGCGUUCAUUUCUUUCCCCUUGGUGAUGGUGCAGCUGUGGAUAUAAGCACACAUGCCACCGAGUCCAGCACAUAACAUGUUGCAUGUGACUUCAGGGUUGUUCCUAAUUCAAGCACUAGUGAGGGGUAUAUACUUUUUCUUGAUAUAACAUUUUUUUUAAUUUAAAAACUGUAUGUUUAAUUCCAGAUAAAGUCUAGAUAUCUUUUUUCUUUUACUAUUAAAAUAGUGAACAAAAAAAAAAUCAAAAUGUCCUAAAACAAGAAUGUGGGUUAAGUUUUGGCAGUUGUGAAGUUUGGGGCUAUGAGAAGGAGGAAUCCCUCUGGUUUUGCCACUUCUGCUCUUCUUUUUUACACGGUAAUGCUCCUAAAACAGGAUGACUAGUAACCCUGACAUUUAUGUGUGACAGAGAGUAAUUGUUCUCUAUAAAAGCAGCCAAUUCACCUAGGACUCAGUCCACGAGCCUUGUGAGACAGUGAAUGGCUUCUCCAUUGUCUGGUUCAUAUUAGGUCAUGUUUCCGGUUUUGAUCUCCAGUUGGAUGAAGGGAGUUUCUUUUCUUGAGUCUUGUGGAAAACCUGGAGUGCCUUAGAGAAGCCAGAGUUUCUAGUACUUGAUAUUCUCAUGUUCCCAAACCCACCCACCAUAAAUCUAGCCCUUGUAUUCUCUCCCCAAGAGCCCCUGAUCAUACUUGGAGGAUUUCCCCUGGGUUGGAUUCCUCUAAAAGAGUAAGUAAAGUCUAGGAGUUGCAGAAGCAGUUAGUAGUAAAAACCAGAUGCCAGACUGAACCUGUAAAUUGGACUGGGUAAGCCUGUCCUUUGCAGAUCUGAGCACUGCAGGAUCCCCAGGGCAGGCCUCAUCUCUGUGUCUCCACAUAGCAGGUCUACAUGUCACUCCUAGUAUAAGCAUGGUGACAGCUCUGUUGCAUCUUUCAGUUUAGUGUCUCACCCAUUGCCAGCUGACAUUAGUCACCAGACAGACACAGUCAAUGAUUCUUUGAUAGGUGCACUUCCACCUCAAAGCAUGUGCUUCAAGCCUCUAAGACCAUUUUGUUUGCUUCAUUUGCACAGGGGAGAAAGAGUCCAUAGCCUCCUUCCAUCUGCAUUCCACGGCCUCCUGGUUGCUACCCCCUGAUACUAUGGAGAUGACUCAGGAAGGCAUCAUUUCCAGGGCUGUGCUGUGGCCAAGCAGAGAGAGAGACUAUAGACAGUGAGGGAGGCCUGCAGAGACAGCACCACCUGUCCCCUAGACACUAGAAUGUCAACAGCUCUUUGCAGGGACUCUUUCUCUGGACCAUUGUAUAGCAAAGAGAAGCAAUGGCUGGUUAGAGAAAUCCCCACCCCCAACCCUGGGCAGGGGGACUCCUGUCAGGACUCCAUGGUCUACUCUGUUGUGCCAGCCACCCUUCUGUCCCAUAUGGCUGAGGGGAUAAAUGGGUCAGAAAGGCAAGCAGUGGGGUUCCUUGUUCUUCCUCCAGGGCUGAGCAGAAUGUAGCACAACACCCCAAAAGGCAGGCUUUGGGAGUAAACCCCAGCACUGGGAGAUUUGCAUUUCCUUUUUUCCCUAACAUACUAGGGAGACCAGGAGACCAAUUUGCAGUGUACUCUUCUUUCAUGCUGUAUUUUAAUGUUAUUAAGGCCUUUUGCUCAUGAAGUCAAGCCAAAUAUCUAUUCAGAAUUGUGUCUACUUCAGCAAGAAAUGAGGAGGAAGAGGAUGAAGAGAAGCUCCAGGCUAGGUCACUGUUGGUGCUGGGUGAUGGAUAGCCUCUGUGCUGCUUCUGAGUAGCCCUGGGUGGUGGUUGGAGGCAGCCAGUGAGUGUUGCCCCACUGUAGCCAGCAGCCUUGGGCAUAGAGAACCAGAUGCAGGAGUUCUUGUCAGCGUGUCUGAAGGAAGUAGCUGUGCGAGUUCUCUGAGCUGAGCUGACUGGCCCUGCUCCCCUUGUGUCAUUCUGGCAGAGACACUGAAUCAGAGACACCCUUCCACACAGGCAACCCUCCAUGUCUGCUGUGGGAGCCCCCAGAAAAGUAAAAACAGAGGUGUUUAGGGUUGUCCUUUAUAGUUUCCAUACAAAUAUCCAAAGUUGAUGUUCAUAAAAUGAGGUAAUGGUUGAGAUAACAAAAAAUAAUCAGUAGUUAUACAGUAUCUAAAUCUUUAUUGUUAAAAUCUUCUGGGAACCUUGUCAUGUAUCAUUGCCCCUAAAGACACUGUAGCAGUGUUGUCAGUGAGGCGUUCUGCCUCACUGCUGAAUUGAGUGCUGCCUCACUCAGGCCACCAUGCUGGAUCCUGAAGACCUUGCCCCAAGCCUUCUAGCCAGGUCAUAGGUACCCACAGAUCAUGCUGGUAGUGGUAGCAUGCAGAACAGGCAUGCCCGCCUGGACAUAAAAACAUAGAUUAAAGGCUUAAUCUAAAUUGUAAGUCUGUGUAUUCAUGUACAAUGUAUGCAGCCAGCUAAAUGCAGUAUUAGCUCCUUCCAUGUGUGAAUACAGAGACUGUCAAAGUUUAUGUUACUGUUGGGCAUUUAUUCGGUAGGUGGGUGGGUUUGAGGACCCUUCUGUAUAAAUGCAGAAGCCAUAUGUGAGAAGGGAACCUCCAAAGACCACAGCAAAUCCACUGUGCACAGGAGCCUACAGCUCUGCUGCAAAUAUGUUUCUAGUCUAUCUGAUUCCUGGAUGUUCAGCAGAUGCUGUCUUUGACUCUGGGUGGCCCAGGCUUUGCUCGGCUGACACAUGCAGCCUGGGGCUUGAGACUCUGGAACAAAGACAUGCACCUGUGUGGCUGGGGCAGUCAGUAGCAGAGGCGGGUGCUUUUCUAACCUGCCUGUGCUCAUUCUCUUUUGAAUAAACAUUACUGCCUCACCAAAAAGUACCUGACAUGUUCUUAAUAAGGGGACUGUCAUUUUCGUUUUAAAAGGCUUGAGCUGCUUUUUUUUUUUUUUUUUUUUUUUAAAUGUAUGCUGUGUGGUCUUCAUAGAAUUUGAAAUACUUUUUUUCAAACCACUGCUCUUGGUAACUGCAAAUUUUACAUCUCAGAAGGAAAUUUUUACUGAACUUGCUAACUGCGUGACUUCUUUGCUACUCUGUGGAUAUUAUAAAAAUAGUAAGUCUUACUGCGUAUAGAGAGGCAUUCAUACUCAGCUUCACUUUUGGCUGUUAGUGUUGUGUCUGCCCCAGAACUUUGCCCAGAGACCUCCCUUGAGGUUCCUCUGUGGCCUCGCUGGCUCUUCAUCCUCUUGGGCACUGUUUGUUUUGCCCCUGGGUUGCUAGGACAUCCCUCUAUCAAGCGCAGCUGGGAUCAAUGUUGGUGGUGAGUUCCCUUAAGGGCAGAGCAGCAGUGGGUUCACAUGGGGCUCAGAGGUUCCUGUAUAAGAAGCAGCCACAGUGGAAGCAGCCCACAUGGAGAGUGGUGGCGAGUGACCCCGAGAGAACAGUCAAGCCUUCACAGAGCAUCAGCCUGAUAGUCAUGAGAGCCUGUUCUGCAGGCAGCACAUGGGCCUGUAUGGGUGCUUUGCACUUGAACUGCUGCCCCUAGUUGGAGACAGAUUGAUCAGAGCAGCCUCCUCAGUCAGAAGGUUUUUGAUAUCUGUUGAAUUCUGCAAGGAAAAUCAGCAUGUGGAGUUUGUAAUGGUCACAGCUUUGCUAGCAUACACAAGGUACAGUGUUUCAGAAGCCAUGCUAAGAGUAAAAUAUGCCCAUUCAUUCAGUUUGCUGUCUAACAAUCUUUGAGCCACAGGUUAUUCUUGAACCCAGAUAACCAAACCCAAGAUACACGCAAAAUCAUGUAUUUUUAAAGAAUUGUGUCUGCUUAGAUACAACAUGGCUCUGGAACUCGCAGCCCACAGCCGCACCCAGCAUGUGUCUGUCUCGUGCUUCUUAGCUGCUUUGUUUAGAACUGCCAUCUUACGUGUGCUUAUUGUAAAUGAGUCCAGCAGCCAUUGUAAUUUAUCCUUUUUUAAUGCUAUGGAAAUAAUCAGUUCAUUUCAUCUUAGUUUUAAGUCUUUUCUUUUUUCCUUUUUUACUGCUGUCAUUUCUUGUGCUUGUUUUUCCCCAGUGAGGGUUGUCGGCGAGAAAACACAAUGAAGAAUGUUGGAAGUCGCAAAUAUGCAUUUAACUCCCUGCAGCUGAAGGCCUUCC